AUGAAUGGGGAGCGAUCUUGCGGCCCGGAUGGUCCACCGCCCGGCUGGAGACGCCAGCGGUGUCCCGAGCACACUGUCGGCGCGCGGCUCUCAAGUCAACUCUCACGCACUGCAGCCACCGAGCCCUUCAAUGGCGCCGCUCCUUCACCUCACAACUCUCUCUUCUCCACCGAUCCACCCUUUCUCAUCGCUUUGUCAAGAUCUCUUGUAGGUGUCUUUGAGGAGGAGGAGGAGAUCUCAGAUGCGGGCAUGACGGCCUAUGCUGCCAGGCGGAGACGCCGGCCCGGUUAUCUCGAGCGACGCUGCGGAGAGGGUGCGAAAAAGGCCGGAAUGACGGGCGAGAGGCGACGCCAGUUCCGCGGGGAACGUUGGACAAGAUCCUCCGCCCGGAGCAGGCCUUCCUUCCACAUUUAUCACAUCUUCCUCCGAGCCGGAGGCUGCAAUAAUCGGCCUUCGACCCCCAUCUUCGCCAGCCUUCUCCUGUCCUCCCGGCGUAUCCCGCACGGAUGCAUCGCAGAUUCUGAGAUCGAUUGGUCCCUGUUGUAG